ACGACGUCAGAUGAAAGUAUAAAGGAGCGUGAGCAUUCCACAUCUCUUGCCAGUAUCAGUCCUCUCAUCGUUCAGCUUCACAUAGCCAGCUCAAAACUCCACCAUUCGACACAGUCCUCACAGCCUCUCGAUACUUCACACAUUCUCUUCUAAAGAUCUCCAAGUCCAACCAUUUCCACCACCAACAUGAAGGCCUCUAUCACUGCCAUGGCUAUCUGCUUCGCCGUCUCCGCUAGUGCCGACUUCCUCAUCUAUGUCGGUCAAUCGGCCACCUACGUUGAACCGAGCGUACCCUCGCUCGGGAUCUCUACUUGUUCAACGGUCCUCCCGACUGCAUGGUGUUAAGAACUACGUCGCGAUUGCCCAGCAAGGCAACAACGAUGCUAGCAAGGAACUCUACGCCGCCGACACGAACAAGGACGGAACGUACAAACGACUAGAAAUCUACGACGGGGGAGAUCAAGCAGUCACCAGCGCAGCUUAUGGGCAUAUCACGCUGUACCCGAACCCCGCUGGAGACGGAUUGUUUGAUGUACACGUCAAAUCACUGGAUGGUCUCGACGGCAGUAUUGUUGGCACUUGCCUAGUACCUGCCGAUGCGGACGAUUACGAUUGUGGAGAUGCACUGGGAGGUUACAAUGGCGUCCAGAAAUUCACUUGCACCAUCUCGGGCGUCGCAGCCACAGGUAGUAACUGAGCACUGCCUAUGAUCAAAUGGCUUGUGAGAGAAGGAAGUUCGAGUUUGAAAUGAAGUUGCAGGAGGCCGGGGUAGACGCGUGUGCUUUAGGAGGUUGAUCGAAACUUGUAUAUGGACACUUUCAGGGCUUUUGUAUAUAUUCACAUGAUGAAAGAAUGUCAUUUAUAGAAUCUGCUUCCC